UAGGGUGCAAGGGGUGUUCUAUGGAUGGCUAAGGAAAAGCUUAGUUGGCACUGAUCCCUCCUUUCCAUAUAGACGUAGCUUACUUUAGGCAUCAAAUACUCUGUAAGGUAUCGUAAAUAGUGCGUGUUUGCAGAGGAUAGUGGAUGCAUGUUUAAUAAUGCGAUGAGGCCAACGCACUUUGCAAGACUUGUGCUGCAGAGAGCCUCCGCAGAUCCCACGACCUGUUGCUGAAGCCGGGAGGAGAGAGGAGAGGCGCUUGAGAAGGAUAGUACUGCCUUGGACACGAGAGCCCGUGGUUUCUUCGCUGAGGAAAUCAUGCAGUUUGCAAUCUGGCUGGUUGGACUAAUGUGUCAUCUGUCAGCACUUGUCCGGAACUCCUUGGAAUACCGAUUGCAUCCGAAACAAGAAAGUUUCAUCAAACAGUUGUCAUCCUAUGAAAUUAUCACCCCGCUGCGGAUAAAUGAUUUCGGAGAAUCAUUCCCCCACAAAUUGCACUACAAAAGGAAACGGAGAAGUGUAAAUGCAGAUUAUUCGGCUGGUUUACGUGCUCACUACAGAAUCGACGCAUUCGGACAACGCUUUCAUCUCAAUCUAACCGCCGACUCCGGUUUUAUCGCCCCCUCAUAUACUGUGACACAUUUGGGAGCGGAACAUAGCAAUGCAACCGAGUCCCGCCAACAAGACCUCAGCGAUAUGCGUCACUGCUUUUUCCGCGGACACAUCAACGCAAAGAUUGAAUCUACCGCUGUCUUCAGUCUGUGCACUGGCCUUAUGGGGACUUUUACCACCCAGCAUGGUGAAUACUUCUUAGAGCCCCUGAUGAAGGCGGAGGAGGGGGAGGAGUACGACGAGGAGCACAACAAACCUCACCUCGUCUACAGACAUGACAGGAAGAGGAGAGAGAGUCCUGCCAGUGAACCCACACAACCCUGCUCAGCUUCAGGGGAAGGAUCGGAAAGGCCAGUUGUCAAUUUUCAGAGCAACAGGAGUAUGGUAAAAGAGCUGGAUUCCCUGAGAGACAGAAUGGGCAUCCACCACACAGGCUACGAGUUAGACCACCACUCCACCACCUCCAACUCCUCAGACCCCCGUCACAGAGCACCGUCCAGGCAGAAGAGGUUCCUCUCAUACCCCCGCUACGUGGAACUGAUGCUGACUGCUGACGUCAAGAUGGUGCACCACCACGGACACAACCUCGAGCACUACAUCCUAACAAUCAUGUCAGUAGUUGCUGCGGUCUACAGGGACCCUAGUGUAGGAAACCUCAUCAACAUCAUGAUUGUCAAGCUGGUUGUCAUCCACAAUGAACAGGAUGGACCCUCAAUAAAUUUCAAUGCUGCUACUACCCUCCACAACUUCUGUGUCUGGCAACAGACUCAAAAUGUCCAGGAUGACAGUCACCCUUCCCACCAUGACACUGCACUCCUGAUCACCAGGGAAGACAUCUGCCGAGCUAAAGACAAGUGUGAUACAUUGGGGCUGGCGGAGCUGGGGACCAUGUGUGACCCGUACCGGAGCUGCUCCAUCAGCGAAGAGAACGGACUCAGCGCCUCCUUCACCAUCGCUCACGAGCUGGGCCAUGUGUUCAACAUGCCCCAUGAUGACAACCCCAAAUGCAGGGAGGCAGGCAUAAAGCACCAGUAUCACGUCAUGGCGCCCACCCUCAACUACGACACCAGUCCCUGGUCCUGGUCCAAGUGCAGCCGCAAGUACAUCACUGAGUUUCUGGACACAGGGUACGGAGAGUGCCUGUUGGACGAGCCAGUGAGCAGGACGUACGAGCUACCCAACCACCUCCCUGGUCAGAUCUACAAUGCCAACCGACAGUGUGAGCUCAUGUUUGGCACCGGAUCCAUGGUCUGCCCUUACAUGAAACAGUGCAAGAGGCUUUGGUGUACAAGUGCUGAGGGGGGCCAUAAAGGGUGUCGGACACAACACAUGCCCUUGGCUGAUGGGACAGACUGUGGACAUGGAAUGCACUGCAGACAUGGGAAGUGUGUGAACAAGGAGCUGGACCUGCGGCCGUUCCAUGGGGACUGGGGCCCCUGGGGGCACUACAGUGUCUGUUCCAGGACCUGUGGAGGAGGCACCAGGAGUACCUCCAGAGACUGCAACAACCCUGAGCCCCGGAAUGGAGGAAAGUUCUGCGUGGGUCGAAGGAUGAAGUUCCGGUCCUGCAACACUGAGCCGUGUCCCCGAGGACGGAGAGACUUCCGUGAGGAGCAGUGCUCUCAGUUCGACGGCAAGCACUUCAACAUCAACGGUCUACCUCCCACCGUCCGCUGGGUGCCCAAGUACAGUGGUAUUCUAAUGAAGGAUCGGUGCAAGCUCUUCUGUCGGGUUGCCGGGACGAUGGCCUACUAUCAGCUGAAGGAUCGCGUCAUCGACGGCACGCCGUGUGGCCCAGACACCUACGAUAUCUGUGUUCAAGGCCUCUGUCGGCAAGCAGGCUGUGAUCAUGUGUUGAACUCCAAGGCGAAAAAUGACAAAUGUGGAGUGUGUGGAGGGGACAACUCCUCCUGCAAAACCCUCGCUGGGACCUUCAACGAUGCUGAGUAUGGUUACAACACAGUGGUGCGCAUCCCUGCAGGAGCCACCAACAUUGAUAUCAAACAGGUCAGCUACUCUGGGAAGUCGGAGGAUGACAACUACCUCGCUUUAUCUGACAGCCAUUCUAACUUUCUCCUGAAUGGGAACUUUGUGGUGGCCAUGUUCAAAAGGGAAAUCCCCUUCAAGGGAACCGUCAUUGAGUACAGUGGCUCGGACACCAAAGAGGAGCGCAUCAACUGCACUGAACGCAUCGAGGAGGAACUCAUCCUACAGGUCCUGUGUGUGGGGAACCUGUACAACCCAGAUGUGCGCUACUCCUUCAACAUCCCCAUCGAGGAGCACAGGGAACAGUUUGUGUGGGACCCCUCAGGCUCCUGGCUGGAUUGUAGCCUCAUGUGUCAGGGUGAACGACGGCGCAAGGCGGUAUGUGUGAGGAAGAGUGACCACCUGGGGGUUUCUGACCAGCGCUGUGAGCCUCUACCCCGUCCCAAUACUGCCACUGAGCCAUGUAACACUGACUGUGAACUCAGGUGGAAUGUAGCAGGGAAGAGUGAGUGUUCUGCUAAGUGUGGCCCUGGCUACCGGACCAUGGACGUGCAGUGUAUGAGGUACAGCUUGCUGAAGAGGCAGAGUGAGAGGGUGGAGGGGAGGGCCUGUUCUGACCUACCUAAACCCCAGGCCAGAGAGGCCUGCCAAGGGGACUGUCUGCUCAAGAGCUGGCAGUACAGCGCCUGGUCCCAGUGUUCUAAGACGUGUGGUCGUGGGGCCCGCACCAGGGACUCCUACUGUAUGAACAAUCUGGGGAGGAGACUGGUGGACAGGGAGUGCAGUGACUACCAGAGAAUGAUCGCGGAGAGCUGCAAUGACCAGGCCUGCCCUGACUGGUCAGCCAGCGAGUGGAGUGAGUGCUUGGUGACGUGUGGGAAGGGGAUGAGGCACAGGCAGGUAUCCUGUAGUGUGGGGGUAGGAGAGGAGAAUCAGAGUGAACACUUCUGUGACCCCAACACCAAGCCUCUAGCCGUGGGGAGCUGUGAGCUGCCAGAUUGUGCCUCCUGGCAGGUCGGAGUCUGGGGACCGUGUGCAGUGACGUGUGGCCAUGGUUACCAGAUGCGGGCUGUGAGGUGUGUGUCAGGGUUGUAUGGGGACACAGUGGAUGACAGGAAGUGUAACGCAGCAUCCAGACCCAGGGACAGCCAGGACUGUGAGGUGGCACCAUGUCCCUGGGCCUCUCCUCAACAGAGCACCGUCCGCCCUGACACCUCUGGUCAGCUCUUCACACAGUGGAGAUAUGGCUCCUGGACCACAUGCUCUGUCUCCUGUGGGAAGGGUAAGCGUGCCCGCUAUGUCAGCUGUCGGGACGCCCAGGGUGGAGUGGCAGACGAGUCCUACUGUGCCCAUCUGCCCCGGCCCCCAGAAUCCUCAGCCUGCUUCAGCUCGUGUGGCCAGUGGAGUUCCUGGGAGUGGUCUCCUUGUUCAGUGACGUGUGGUGUGGGCCGGGCCACCAGGCAGGUUGAAUGCAGUAACUACCACCACCAGGUGGAUGAGUCAUUCUGCGACCAGGACGAGAGGCCCAGCACAGAGCAGGAGUGUACGGCCACCCCCUGCCCCUCCGUGUACCGCCAGAGGCCCAAUGACCAGCCCUACAGCCCCCACAACCCCGCCAGUCACCCAGGCCACAGCAGUUGGAACGUCCCAUCGGCAGACAACCAGUGGAGGACGGGACCCUGGGGAGGAUGCUCCAGUACGUGUGCAGGGGGCUUCCAGAGGAGGGUGGUGGUGUGUCAGGAUGCGGAGGGUCGCAGCACCAACCACUGUGACCAGAGGGUCAAACCUGCAGAGUCCAAGAGCUGCGACUCAGGACCCUGCCCUCUGUGGAACUACGGCAUCUGGGGAGAGUGUACCCAGACGUGUGGCGGAGGCAGGAGGACGCGCCAGGUGGUGUGCCAACGGCCCAACGGACAGAGACUCAACGACCACAGCUGUGACGUCCUGGAUAAGCCUCCUGACAUGGAGCAGUGCAGCCUGCACCUGUGCCCGGGCAGCAUAUCCUGGCACCGCCGACCAUGGAAGCCGUGUUCUGUGAGCUGUGGCCGGGGGACCAAGCAGCGGGAGAUAACCUGUGUUUACCAAAACCAAACCCAAAUAGAGGAAGAUCACUGCAGUCAUCUGUCACGUCCCCGGACACAGAAGGCCUGCCGAGCCCAGGGAUGCCCCAGCUGGAAGACCAACAGGUGGAGCAAGUGCUCUGCCACCUGUGGAGUGGGGGUCCAGAACAGAGAUGUGUACUGCAGACUGAAGGGUACAGGGCGGGUGAGAGAGGAGCUGUGUGGUUCCCACAACCGUCCAGCCACUGCCCAGCCCUGCCAGGCCACUGAGUGUCUCCAUCACACCUGGGCAGCCGGAGAGUGGCAAGAUUGUAACGCCACCUGUGGAGAAGGUAUGAGGAACAGGAAGGUUCUGUGUGUGGGGGCCGGGCUGACCCCAGUCCAGGACGCCCUCUGUGACCCCUCGUCUUGCCCAGCCCUGCACCAGCCCUGCAGCAGAGCACCCUGCUACCACAUGUGGAUAACAGGAGAGUGGUCACAGUGCUCUGCUAGCUGUGGCGUGGGCUACCAGCAGCGUAUAGUGUCCUGCUCCAUGAAGCCCUCCUCCACCCUGCACCCUUAUGAUUCCCAGUCCUCCGCCCUGUCCCGCCCUCACUGUCCAGAGCCUCACCCACCUAGCACCAGGCAGUGCCUCCUUUGGGACUGCCCACAAGCUGCCUACUGGAAAGUUGGCUCAUGGAGCAAGUGCUCCCAGACGUGUGGAGCAGGGGUAAUGGAGCGCAGGGUAGAGUGUCUGUCCUCUAAAGGCCAACCGUCCAAACACUGCCGUCCAGCCGAGAGGCCCGAGUCACAAGCCACCUGUCGAGAGAGAGAGUGUCAGUUGUUGACAUCCUGCAGAGAGGUCCAGAUGAUACAGGGGGUGAGGAUGGAUGGGGAGUACUACUUGAAAGUCAAGUCCAGGAUACUACAGAUCUACUGUGCUGAGAUGCAGACUGAUUUCCCUAAGGAGUAUGUUACGCUGCGGAGUGGUCAGACAGACAACUACUCAGAGGUCUAUGGAUACAGGUUGCUGAAUCCUUUUGAGUGCCCCUACAAUGACAGCAGAAGGCAGGACUGUGAAUGCAGGAACGAUUACUCUGCAGCGGGAUACACUCUCUUCCAUAAGGUCCGUCUGGAUGUCACCUCACUGAGGAUAAUGACCACAGACCUGAAGUUUUCUCAGACCCUCUCUGGUCGUCCCGUCCCCUUCGCCACAGCAGGAGACUGCUACAGUGCUGCCAAGUGUCCUCAGGGCCAGUUUAGCAUCAACCUCAUAGGGACUGGUCUGAAGGUGGCUGAGGCAACCAAGUGGACCUCACAGGGCAACUAUGUCUCUGUCAAAGUCCACAGAUCAGAGGAUGGGGCAAGAAUCUAUGGUCGCUGUGGUGGGUUCUGUGGGAAGUGCAUUCCCCAGCCUCACAACGGCCUGCUGGUUGAUGUCCAGUGAGGGUCAGGGACCAAACCCCAACCCAACCAUCUCCCAAUGGUCUCCCAACGGUCUCUCAACGUUCUCCCAACAUCAGACCAGGAAGUGAAACCAGAGCUUCCAAUGCACUUCAUUUGUGAAGGUUGCCAUCCGCUCCUCCCUUCAUCACUAGGGUUUAAUGACAGGAACCUAGUUACCAAGAUUUACCGGCCAAAACCACUCCCUUUUCCCGGGAUAAAUAACUGCGAGAAACCGGUAAAUUAUAAUAAAUUAUUUAUUUCAACAGCAUGGCGUGAAAUGGAACUGUUAAAUUAUUUGUGAUGUCUAAAUCUGGCUUCUCUACGGAAUUCUCUCUGCAUGAUCAAUCAUCAAUGCUCAUGGUGGGGACAAACAGCCCAUCUCAGUAUGGAGUGCAGUUCACAAUGCGUGUAGACCAAUCAUCUCAUGCUAACUUUUUUUCUUGUGAUAGGUAGGCCUACAUUUUCUGCAGCAUAGCCUAUUCUACAGUAAUAUAAGGACCGAAUGCACAUUACAUUUACAUUUUAGUCAUUUAGCAGACGCUCUUAUCCAGAGCGACUUACAGUAGUGAAUGCAUACAUUUCAUUUCAUGCAUUUUUUUGUACUGGCCCCCCGUGGGAAUCGAACCCACAACCCUGGCGUUGCACACACCAUGCUGGCAUUGCAAACACCAUGCUCUACCAACUGAGCCACAGUUGCGCAUCUAAUUUACAUAUCACCAUUGUGCUUUCGGGGGUCACCAUAUUUUGUAAUUGUAAAGAUUUGUUUUUAUUAUUGCAGCUGCAGAGUUUUAAAACAGCCUAUCACUCGAAUAUCGUUGAUUUAAAUCCAAGCUUGUGCAAACACUCUCUCUCUCCUUCAAUUCCAUUCAAAUUGCUAAAUAAAUAAUAAUCUUCAAGUUAGAUAUAUAUAUAUAUAUAUAUAGCUAUAAAGGGUCCUUCAGCAGAACCAAUAACUCUGAAGAUGAGCUAAGUCUGUUACGUCUGACCUCACUAGUGUUUGUAAUUGUAAUGGUAACCAAAAACCUCUGUGCAUUGGAAUAUCAAAAGCAGACUGUCAGACAAUCUCACAUAUUCCAGCAUUGUAGAGUCUCGCAUAAAGGGACACAAUCAUAUUUUGGGGCCGGAAGUAGCAACACGGAUGCACAGUACAGAGCUAAGGGAAGAAUCCUCUCAUGGUUUCAAGUAAGAGCUUACUCAUCUCAUAAGGGUAAAAUGUUCGUAUGGAACUCUGAAAGGAAACAUGAAUUAGUCAUUAUAGAACUGGUACAACUAUUUACAUUUUUAUACAGUCAGCAAGACAACUUUUUGUUGGGUAAAUGGAACAUCUCAGUAAAUAUUUGAAUUGUAUUAACUUAUAGUGUUAUGGAACAAGGGUAAUUAUGAAUUCCUGCAAAAAUGUUCUGAUAAAUUAUGUUUUUGUUUUGAUUAGAUGAGUAAUAACCCAAAAUGAUAUAAGCUUAAAAAUGUUACAAAGAUCAAGGAAGGAGAAUUCUCCAGAUCAGAAGAUACGUCCAGACAGGGGCGCAACUUUCUCUGGGGAUGGGGGGGACAUGUCCCUCCCACAUUCUGAAAUUGCAUUUUGUCUAGUUUUAUCAUUGGAAUGUGAUACAAAACAAGGCAACGGUGUGCUUUAGGACCAUGCAGACGCCUCCGAGUGGUUGGGUAGGCUGUUUGGAGUGUUUAUCCAACAGGAUAAAAAAAAAAUGAUGUCCCCACCACUUCUAAAACCAAAGUUGCGCCAGACAUGGGUUUUUCUGGAAAAAAAUUGUUCGCCAAUCAGUUAGCUAGGCUUUGUGUACUACUGUUGUUGUGUAUUCUUCUACUAAUGGUCACCCAGACUUGCCUUAUCUCAAACGUCAAAGGUCGUAGGUGAGGAGUCCUGCAUCACAGAUGAAUCCUCACUGUUCUGUUGUGUAAUACUACUGAAAACUUUUCAGAGCCCAAUGACUUACUGACUACUGUCUGACUGACAUGUGAUUAGAAUGAUUUAUCUAGCAGGUCAUAGAGAGACAACCAAAUAGACACUAAAUCAAUGGCGUUGUGACCUGGAAAACAGUUUUUUUAUAUAUAUAUUUAAUUCAUUAAUAUGGUGGCAACUGUUGUCUACAUCAUGUAAGAGGUGUUAAGUCAAGGUCAAGCUCUCAUCUCCAGUCAGUAGCUAGUUUGUCUCAGUACAUUUGUGAUAUUGUUUUCCAGAUCAUGUCUCUUCUAGGUCCUAUAGGUGCUUGUGACCCUACCUCUCACAAGAAUCGAUUCUCAUGAGAAGAAUUUCAUUAUAUUGUAAAAUAUUUACAUUUGACCAUAUUUAUUCUGUAAUGCUAUGUAAUGAUAUAUUAGAAUACUAACAGCUGAGAAGCCAUUGUUUGGUUUACUGUUUGAUGCUGAAAAGGUAUUACAGAUUGUAAGUAACCACCAACUUGAAAGAGGAUCUUUGAAUGGUGCUUUUAUAACUACUGAAAUGACCUCUAAUCUUGAGAAGGAACAUAAUAGUGGCAUUGGAACUAACAUUAGCUGUAGCACAUCCUCAACACCCUUUGAAUGAAUACGUUCGGCCUUAAUGCCUGUAAAUGUAAAUGUACUACUUAUUACAGCAUAAUGCUCAAAAUGCUUUGCAGAAAAUAUCAUGGUCCUCUUGUUAAUGUAGCUGAAGACCAAGCUGGAGGGUUGCCAGAUAUAUGCCGAACUACAUAAGGAAAAAGGGUGUCGAGGAUGUGCUACAGCUAAUGUCAGCCUGAAGGAACCCUAUCAUCAUUUAGGUGAAAUGAUGUCACUGUGACCACUAUAACUGGGUUUUGGCAACCCUGCCAUGCUGGUACUUCGAUGUUAAGCUUUAACCAAAGUUUCAUAGAUGUAGAAUAUAACUUUUGUCAGAUAAUGCAGCUAGAAAACCUUUGUCUAUCAUUCUUGUUUGAUAGGCAAUUGAACUAUGAUGAGGUCUGUAUCAGAAAUGUUAAGAAUACUUGAUGCACUAUGUGCCAUACAUUUUGUAGAAGGGAAUCCUGUCUAUUUCUUUUUUUUAAUAACAGUUAAGAUUUGUAACUUAUGAUAUGUUGUAUUUUUUUAUAUUCAUACUUGAAGUGUAAACUGUGUCUCAAAUACAUGGGCAUUGGUACUGAAUUGAACAAGGUGCUUGUUUGCUAUGUAUUAUCCAAAGAUGUUUUUAAGAAUCAUAUGUACCUACAGUAUGAAAAUGAAUGAUUCUGGUGCUAUGGUCAUUCAUUUUAAUUGUAUCAACAUCGUAGGUUUUGCUACUAUACUAACACUGUAUAAUAAGCAGUAAUUAAAUAUUGUAAUGCUUUUCAA